UGCUACCCUUCUUAGUGUGAAGCUGCCACCACCGGACAACCACCGGUCAAUUGGUUAGAAGGGUUCACCGCCAGGUACGGGGCGUGACAAAAGACGUGCACGGUGCCUAUAGAUUUUUGGUUUGCGGAACUUCUUGAAUUUUUGGUCUCCCAUGGAUGAGGCAUCUGGUUGCGCUUCAAGCCUUGCAUGGAUUUGGGUCAUUGAAGCUCUUGCAAGCUUUAAGGAAGUUGAAGUUUCUAUUUUACAUGAUUUGAUCGAAAUGGCUCCAGAAUUACCUGAUAAUUUGGGGAAAAACAUGAGGGAAAUGCUGGCUUUGAGAUGUUUGGAGGUUUUAUUUGGUCCUAGUAAUGGGAUCACAAAAGAUGGUUGUUCAUCCCUAGCUUCAAAAGUUGGGUUUGAUAUGUCAAAAAGCUGUGAAGAUGUUCUCGAGCACAUAGUGCAGGAGACUUCGUUAUCAGAUCUUAAAAUGGCUGGACUAGAGCUGUCAGAAUGCAAUGCUCACCCCUUUAUAAUCCAUAAAAGAGCCUGUAUGCCUAAACUUGCCUUACAACAGCUGAAAGAUUCACUUCUUGAUGGUAGUCAUCCUUAUGCUGAUACCUUGAAGGUAAGGAGUGGAUUGGCAAAUGUAGGUGAAAUAGUUCCUGUGUAUAAUGUUAAGCACAGCGCACUCACACAGAGAGUUAAUAAGAGCUGUCUUGACACACAGCAUAUGGGACCGAAAGGGAACGUGAUGCCUAGAAUUGUUGAGGGUAGGAAAAAGCUACUGGAAAACAAUCUGUGCACUGGGAUUUUACUAGACUCCAAGAGGAAAAGGAAUACACUGGCUACUGAAAAUAUGGAUGACUUCCAUGAAAACCGAAAUAAUUUAGAUGCUUGUGAUGAUCCUAAUAUAAAUGCCAAGAGGCAGAAGCAAUUUGCCUCAUCCUCAGUUCAGUCCAGAGAAGUGAACCCAGUUCCUCUAAAUGGAACAGAACGCUUAGAGUUUCCAUCUGAAAGAGCUAUGCUGGUAGCUGGAACAGAAAGUUGUGGCUUGGCUAAGGAUCAGAGAGGAAGCCUGGAAGAAGUCAGGGUUCUAGGGGAUAAUCAUGAUGAGCAUACUGCCUCCAUGAAAUGUGGGCAUAUUGCUGAUGAAUUCAACCAUAUUGAAUCAGAUAUUCCUGAUGUCAGUACUACUAUGCCUUUGGAUACAUUUGGAGAUGAACCCCGUCAAAAGAUCUCUGUUGAUGAAGUUGGAGAUGAUAGGGAACAAUGUGCUGAACUUAGAACUUCAAGUGGUCCUCUCCUGGUCAAGACUCGAGGAAAUGAAUCCCAAUGUGACUAUGAACACCAGUUUCAACUGAAAGCACUAUGCUCUGCAUCUCUCAAUGGAUGCAAGCAGAAUAUCAUCGCACAUGAAGCUGAAGAGAAUAUGGACCAUUGUUGUGAAGCGGGGACAUCAAGUGAUAGUGAGGGGUAUCACUACGGUAAUAUUGGUGUCUUCUUUGAGAAAAAUGAGUUCUUGAGCUCUCAGGCAACAAACAGUUAUGAUCCAUCAACUAGUUGGACGUUCCAAAAUCUUUGUAUGAAGUGUAAUGAAGGUGGUCAGCUGUUGGUAUGUAGCACAAGUAAUUGCCCGGUGACGGUUCAUGAGAACUGUUUAGGUUCCUCACCCAGCUUUGACAACAAUGGUAAAUUUUACUGCCCCUUCUGUGCAUAUUCCCUUUCUAUUUCAGAGUACCUUGUAGCUAAGAAAAAGGCCUCCUUGGCAAGGAAAGAAUUAACUUUGUUUUUUGGUAUGGGUUUGGACCAAAAGCCAGAGGAACUUACUAAGACAUUGCAUAGAGAUGAGGAUCUUCUAGUCAAAAGUCAUGAAAAUGGUUACUUGGAAGAGAGAGUAAAUGGUCAGACUGGUCACGACGGGGAACAUGCGGAUGAAGUCAAUAAUUUUUAUUAUAGAAGAAGUAUAGAUGAUAAGCAACAAGCAGAACCUUCUGCAUUAUGUGAUAAUGUCAAUUCAGUACUUAGAGAGGAAGAGCCAGCUGAAAUUACCAGGACACUAAAUGUAUCAACUGAAGAGAAAGAAGGGCAAGAAAAUUCUAUCCAAGCUGUAAGAGUGGUUGAAGGAGACAACCAAGAAGCAGCUGAGCAUGAUGGUCAUAAUUCAUCCUGUAGAAACAUAGAUGUUAUUCCUGUCAAUCAAAGUCACGUGGAGGAAGAACUCCAGCAGGAUGUUUUAGAGCAGCAGAUUGCCUACCCACCAGAUGAACCUGUUUGUGUACAUGAUACUCAUGCAGAUGGUGAUAAUUUAUCCUGUAGAAACACAGGUGUUAUUCCUGGCAUUCAGAGACACUCAAAGGAACAAAUCCAGCAGGAAGUUUUAGAGCAACAGAUCGCUGAGCCAACGGAGGAACCUGUUUGCGCACUUGAUGCUUAUGUAGAGGAAAUUUCUGAAGAGGAAAAUGAGAAGUCUAUCAUUUCUAAUUAUUCUAUAAGAGUCCCAAAGCAAGAGAGGCAUGAUACUUACCCAGCAAGUCCUCAGCUAAGGCGAAAGAAAGUUCCGUGGACUGCUGAGGAGGAAGAGAUACUGAAGGAAGGAGUGCAGAAAUUUUCAAACACCAAUGACAGAAAUAUUCCAUGGAAGAAGAUUUUAGAAUUUGGUGGCGAUGUUCUGCACAUUCGGACAACAGUAGACUUGAAGGAUAAAUGGAGGAACUUGUGCAAAGUGGGCCCGAGGUGAAAAUGAAGUCCUGUCAGGGGAGAUGGAAACCCAAAAAAGAACAAAAACCCACAAUCUAAGAGUGGAAUUAGCUGUGCUAGGAUCUGUACUGAGAUUGAUGUGUGGUCCAUUUUGUUGAGCA